AUGGCCCAAGAAGGCACUAGGGGGCCAGAGGUUAAAAAAGUCCAUCCCUUCUUUACCAAAGGCCCUGCCUCCGAAAUAGUCGUCCCUUCCGAUCCAUCUCUAAAGACUGCGAGCGAUGGAUCCCCUCACGACGAUGUUGAAAUCGCAACGGAAGUACAGAACGGAAAGAAACGACGAAAGACCGAGACAACUCUGCCACAAAAUGAGUCUGGACCGAAGAAACAACGGCGAGCGCGUCAGAACGAAGGACUUACAGCUUCCCGCAACGCGACAAUCGAGCAGAGCCUUGGAAUUAAGCCUCUUGGGACUACUGUUACCGAUACCGCAACGCCCUCAUCGAUCAACGGCGUUGUCCAACCCGAAGAUAAUUCAACCUCGCCAACCACCAACCCUCCGAGCCUCCCUAAUACCGAUACCAAGACGAACACGGGAAAGAUGCUCAAAUUAAACCUAAGGACUGGUACACUAAGGUCCCCGCCAAGAACUAGACCAAAAUAUGCUCCCUCACGCAUAGUAUGCAUGAAAUACGGACAUGACGAUGCCAGUCGAAAAGAGCUAGGCGACAAGAUCUCUCAGAUCAUGGAUGGCAACAUUAUAAUUCCUCCAACCCCGCCGAAGAAACGAGGAAAGAAAGUGAAGGAGAAUUCGAACACUCAGAAUGCUUCAAGUUCCAAGACUACGCAUCCGCUCUUUGCCGCCAAGACAAAGCAGGUCAUGAAGGUUGAGGAGAGUGCUGUCGACAAACACUCUCCUUCUUCAUCACGUCAUACGGUCUUCAUGUCCACGCCAAUGUCUCCGAAAAAGGCUAGGAACCCAUUCGUAGUGAAUAAACAGGCGCCGCGGUUUGGAGUCAAAACAGGUGUAGCGAAAGUCCCCGGUGCCAUGCAACCUCUAUGGCCUGCUAAGGGGAUGGCCCAUGUCCGUGGAUUUGACGUUCAACUUGAUCCGACCACAUUCUUAUCUGCCGAUUGCACGAAGAAAAAAUCCAAGGGUUCUGCUGUGACGAUAACUCCCGAAGAAUCUGUGCUGGAGCGGUUCUGCGCCACCAUGGAUUUUGCUGCGAUUCAGGAUUCCCUUCCUAAAAACGACGACCAUUUUGAACCAGCCCCCGAGGAGUUGCGCAUACCUUCACGAUACUUUGAGAGUGGCCGAAAACUUCAGAAACGCAUUCGUUCAGAACUACGAACAUUAAAGUCAACUACCAGUCAAGACGAUGACCAGCUAGUUGACGAUAUUACCGAGCAUUCAAAAACUACACAUCCCGCGAUCAACCGCCUAUAUCAGUCGCUUGAGACAAAUCUCUCAGCCUAUGACAAGUCGACAUGCGAACCACUAGCUUGGACGCAGAAAUACGCUCCUGCUACAGCACUAGAGAUCUUGCAGGGCGGAAAGGAAGCUCUUCUGCUCAAAGACUGGCUGCAGGCACUCAAGGUUGAUUCGGUCAUUUCGGCUGGCCAGGAUAACCCCAUGGCGAAGAAGAAGGCGAAGCCAAAAGCGGCACCAAAAAAGAAGAGAAAGAAGGAUGAGCUAAGUGACUUCAUUGUCAGUAGCGAAGAGGAAGCAAACGAAAUGGAAGAGAUUUCUGAAAAUGAGGCCGGUUGGGCACCUGCUGGCCUAGGUCUGCUGAAAAAGACAGUUGUUCGAAACGGCGACGUAACAAAGGGUACAAAGGACCAGGAACGACUGACGAAUUCUGUGGUCAUCAGUGGCCCUCACGGAAGUGGCAAGACAGCGACUGUCUACGCCAUAGCCAAAGAACUAGGAUUCGAGAUCUUCGAAAUUCACCCGGGAAGCAGACGAAGCGGCAAAGAUAUUCUCGAGAAGGUUGGUGAUAUGACACGCAAUCAUCUCGUUCAACAACAUCAGGCGCAGAACGCUUCUGGGGCCACAGAAGAGGACGAGGUGGCUCGCGACUUGAAAGCUGGGAAACAGGGCACGAUGACAAGCUUUUUCCAGAAGAAGACAACUUCCCGGCCACCACCUAAGAAGUCCUUGGAAGAAAAACCGACCGAGACGACGAAAGCCAGCUCAACUAAGAGUCAGAAACAGUCACUAAUCCUAUUGGAAGAGGUGGAUAUUCUAUACGAAGAAGACAAGCAAUUUUGGGCAACAUUGACGGGGAUGAUGGCACAAUCCAAACGACCAUUUAUCAUGACUUGCAACGACGAAACGAUGGUGCCGCUUCAGACCCUUAACCUUCAUGGCAUCUUUCGUUUCUCGCCUCCGCCAAUCGAUCUUGCCGUUGACCUGUGCCUUCUUACAGCAGCUAAUGAGGGCCACAUACUACGGCGCACAGCUGUUGAAGCAUUGUACAAGUCUCGCAGAAACGAUCUUAGGGCCGCGCUAACAGAGCUCAACUACUGGUGUCAGAUUGGGGUUGGGGAUCGCAAGGGAGGGUCCGAUUGGUUCUACCUGCGAUGGCCCAAAGGAUCUGACCUGGAUGAGAACGGGGAUGUGGUACGGGUGUUGAGCGAAGAGACAUAUUGCAAGGGUUUGGGCUGGGUCGGCCGUGAUCUGAUAUCCACCUGCCCCGACCCAAUAAAGUCUGAAGAAGAAGCAUUGAAGCAAUCAUGGGACUCUUGGUCACUGGACAUGGGCGACUGGGACAACACGUUAAAUCUACAGUCAUGGGCAGAUGGUAUGUCACAUAACGCCUCGGAGCAAAGCAAGAGGCUCGAGUUCCUUGAAGCCACGGAUGAGUUCUACAAUUCCAUGGGCGAUGCCGAUUUGUUAUCGAGCGGCACGUUGGGUAUCAAUCUUCAGGAAACUGUAGAUCCCGGAUUGCCUGAAAUGCCAGCCAAGAUGCGGGACGAUUUCAUCCUUGGCCGUCGACUUCUCGAGGCAGACCCCAAAAUCGUACACUCCUCGCUGAGUGUCGACCUCUCCUUAACUCUCAAGUCACUGGCAAGACAAACGCUUCUCGACACAUCGCUCAAAACCGACACAACAACUAGUCCUCUUCUCGAACCGUUGACGGAGAGGCGAGUCAUACAAUCUCUCGAACACUCAUUUGAGCCUCAGACCCCGCCUCUAAACCGCAUGGACCUGGCACAUGCAUUCGAUCCCAUUGCUGUAAACGAAAAGACGGUCUACGCCAGUUACCUUGACCCCUCUGUAUUUGACCGGACCACAAGCCUCAUCGUUUUGGACAUAGCGCCAUGGGUCCGCGGGAUCGUCGAGUUUGACAGCACCCUGAUGCAAGAGCGACUCAAGCUGAGUAACCUUUUAAGCGAAGGCGGUACGCGGAAGAGAAUGCGCACCACACGCAGUGCAUACUCAGCUAUGGAAGGAGGUGAAAGGAGGACUGUCCGCCGCGAGAGGUACUUUGCAGAUACUCUUAACACAGUCUUUGUACGACAUACCGCUGGUGAGGGCUGGAAGGAGGCUGUAGAGAGUGCAGCACCAAAGGAGAUGGCAGGGGAUUCACCCAGCACUACCCCAUCGUCGCCGAUAGCAAGUGAGGUAUAA